AGUCUAUGUCUAUCAUUCAAUGUGAGCUGCCUGGUACAACAGAAGUCGUAAUCGACAGCCCUGACCAUCCACUUCAGAGGCCUCCACGUGCACCUGACCAACUAGAUCCUAGACUCGCAGAUUGGCUGAUAUUGAGUGAAGACGACGUUCAUUUUGCACAACGCUUUCAAGACUUUGUUACUGAUUUAGCGCUCACAUGUAAUUGGCACGAGCAUACGGACACGUGCUGGAAACACUUGCGACCGGGAGAGCCUCGCAAUGACCAACAUUGUAGGAUGCGAAUAAACGGGUCUACUUGUUCUCUCACUGAACUUGAUAGUGAGACCCAAGGAAUAUUAUUGUGGAGAUUGCACCCAAAGAUUAACAACUUUAAUGACAUUGUCAUCUUCCUAUUUACUAUAUAAGCAAUUAUA